UUUUGUUAGCGUAGGAAGUCGGCCCGCCUACCAGCAUUACAGCGUGCCUAUCGAGCAGCUGCUGGAAGUGCUGUUUGAGUAAAUGCAAUAUCUACUUAAAAAAGAAUGCACUACCUUGAAAUAUGAAUAUACAAAUUGUUAGACAGAUUGUAAUUGUGUUUGUAGUCUUUCGGUCACUAAAGUCCCAAGUUACUUUAUCAUCAAAAUAUUCACAUAUUUACGGUUUGGUGCAGUAAUUGCGUGAAGUUGCGAAGAGCCGAGCAGAGGCAGCGCGGCGCGGCCACGGGCCGGGAGCGCCCCCCAGUGCCGCGCAUGCGUGGCGGCGGUGGCACUCGCUUUCCCGCCCGCCGAGAGAGAGAGAGAGAGAGCGCCCAAGGGCGAUGCUGUCGGCGCUCGACCUGAUGGUAGAUUUGGAGCCGCCGGGGCUGAAGCGCGGCAAUUUCAGGGGCCGGCUGAGUUCGCGGAGGAAGAGGGAGUUCAUGCCCGAGGAGAAGAAGGACGCGUCGUACUGGGAGAAGCGACGGAAGAACAACGAGGCGGCCAAGCGCUCCCGGGAGAAGCGGCGCCUCAACGACCUGGUGUUGGAGAACAAGAUGUUGGCGCUGAGCGAGGAGAACGCCUGCCUCCGUGCCGAGCUGCUCUCUCUUAAGGUCCGCUACGGUCUCAUCAGCUCCUCAGCCUACAGCCAGGAGACGCAACUCCUGCACACCUACAUGCAGAAGUACCUGGCCAGGCAGAGGUCCAUCGAGAUGGAUCCUCGCUUCUUGGAAGUAGACGCUCCCUAUAGCAGGGAUGGCUUCUGCAGCACAAGAUACCCUUCAGGGAGGUUUUCCCAUGACUCUAUUCACACCUCGCCUCAACAUACGCAGGACAGUGUAUUUCACAAAAUCUAUACUAGCCCUGCAUCGGUGGGAGUACAAACGCAAUAUCCUUCAGAAACUUCUGCUGAAGAGCCCACCAUGCACAAUCUACCAUUGAAUCAAUUAUUUUCGAGAUACCCCUGCUCACUUAACGAAACAUAUCCCUGCUUCAAACCUUCAAGCGUGUUCACCAAUGCAGUAGAAGUGAACGUUAAAAGCAAGAGAGAGAUUGAAGAUGAUGUAGAAGAUGAACAAGAGGUUCCUAAGAUGCAUCAUGUUUCUCCUUUCAAGGACUGCAGGUUUGAAUGCUCAACAACAGUGAAGACGAAUUGUGCUGCUCUUCCGCACAAACUGCGAAUUAAGGCAAAGCCAAUUCUUGCAAAAGAAGAAAAAGACGGACCAGAGUUUGAUCUCGAAGUACCAUGGAAGGAGCAAUCUCCACUUAAAAAUACUAGAAGCAUUUCAUUGACAGAGAUCAAAAACAUUGAUGUGAGUUUGUGUGGUGGUAUUUGUGAUUGCAAAGUCGCAUUUAAACCUGUUCCUUUAUUGCCCAUUUGUCAUUCCGUUUAAUUGAAGUUUUAUUAAUUGUGACCUUUAAUUGUUCAUUGCUCAUUCAUUCUUAUUUUAAUUUUGUUCUCUAUUGGGAAUAGUGUAUUAAGUUGUACACCAAGUUGCAAUUCUUAAAUGCUUGUUAAUACAAUCGGUAUAGAAUGAAUGAAAGAUAACUUUUGGGAGUAGUAAGUUAUUAGAAAGCAUUAUCUCCCAAGACAUGGUUUUUAUAUAGUUAUAAAAUAUCACUAAAAUUACUACUUUAUGCCACAGGAUGUUUUUAUCAGAUUACUGUGAUAAUAAUGUUUAAAAUACAAAAUUUUUUAGAAUUAAAUACAAAUAUACUGAUAGAAUUUCUUACUUUUUCAUAAAAAUAGUUGACAAGAAAGUGGAAAUUAGAGUUUAAUGGUAAAUUACUUCUUACCAAUAAAUUAUCUGUUUUAGUAACAACCAAUUAGAUCUCUCUUUCCAAACUGUGGCAAUUUAUGCCAUAUUUUAUUUCAGUUUAUAUGUUCUAAAUGCUACUGUUCAUUUAAUGCGUGAUAUCCUUAAUGACUUUCACAGCAUCCCGUUUGGGGGGGAAAACAUACCUGUCAGACUGGCAGAAAUCUGUUUGGCUUGAAGAGUCCAUAGUUUCUUUGAUCAUCUUGGUUGGCAUGAACCAGUUGGGCCAAAGGGCCUUUAACCAAUACUGUAUUUCUAUGACUAAAUCAGUUCUCAGGGUACUAGUUCAAGCUGAUAUAUGUUUGGUAUGAACCUCCUGCAUUCACGGCCACAUAUAUAGUAAAUUCUAACAGAAUUAGAAUCUAAAGGGCAUCAAAACUGGACAUGACUCUUACAAGUUAGUUAAUUAGCUUAAUUAGUAGCAGUUAGAAGAAUUGAGAUCCUGUUUCCAUCUUUAUUAUAUUCUGUCAUAGCUUCUGGGUUUUGAAUUUGUUUUUUUUAUUUGGGUAGCAAUGAAUGCAAAUGUGUAUUAACAACUCAAUGGUCUGGCUUCUGCCCCUUCCUUUCCAGUCCUGAUGAUGGGUGUCAGCCCAAAACAUUCACAAACAAGAGAAAAUCUGCAGAUGCUGGAAAUCUAAGCAACGCACAUAAAAUACUGGAGCAACUCGGCAGUCCACGUACUCUUUUCCAUUGAUGCUGCCUGGCCUGCUGAGUUCCUCCAUCGCUUUGUGUGCGAUGCUUUGGAUGUUCAGCAUCUCAGAAUCUUUUGUGCCAAUGUACCAGUUGACUAACUUGCCUCAUAGGCAAAGGACUUUUAGGCCAAUGAUAAUGCCAUCUUAAAUAACGAUUGACUGAGUUCAUACUUUGUUAUAGAUCUAGAAAUCAAAUAGUUACAUUGUGGGAGGAGCAGACUCAAUAGGCUGAAUGGCCUAACUUUGAUCCUAUGUCUUGUACAAAUUUGUUGUGCAGUGAAGGAAGUAAUGUUAGAGAAUGUUUCCCUUGGUGCAGCACACAAGGAAAUAGGAGCAGGCUGGACCCUGAAGCCUGUACUGCCAUUCAUGUGACUAUGAUUGAUAUACCCUGACCUCAUCUCCUCUUCUGAACCACUUCUCCAAAAUUGCAGUUGUUUUUUCCUUCAAAUAUUUAUCUGUCUCAGCUUUUAAUAUAUACUUGCCUGUUAAUAAUGUAACCAAAAUUUUGGAUAUCAACUUAACAAAUUGUGAUGAAAUUAAGUUAUUUCUUUCUUACAACUUGUUCCCAGGCUCUGAGGAAGGUGUCCUUUACCAUAAUUCUUUCGUUUGGCAAUAUUUAAAUUUUCUCUUUCUCAAUGGUAGUGUGGUUUAUCUAAGCUGUGUCUCUGAAUUUCAAUAAGAUAUUUGAUAGAACAGGGCUUGCUAGUUACUUCAUAAUUAGGUUUAUUGUCACUGAUAUGUUGUAUAUAUUUUCGUAGCAGUAAUACAGUGCAAAACAUAAAAAACUGUUAUAACAAUAAGUAAAUACAUAAUUCAGAAGAGGAAUUGCAAGAUAGUGUUUAUGGACCAUUCAGAAAUCUGGCAGAAGAGAAUAAGCUAAACCUGGAGUGUGUGUCUUCAGGCUCCUGUACCACCUCCAUGAUUGUACAACAUAGAAGGAAGUCAUUUUGUCCAUUCCAUUUACCUUAUUGCAACCCUAACUGACAUACAAGCAGAACUGGGGAGGUCAAAGUUUUACACACUUCUUUCUUCAUAUCCCUGAAACAUUUUGGGGAAACAAAACUUUAUUCAAUUUGUAUAUAAAAUGCCAAUUGACCGAUCAGGGGUUGUCAGUUGUGGUGGAAUGUGCAACUGUUGACCAUUCUUUGCACAGAUUGGUGACUCCUAACAUAAAGAUUCAAAACCCUGUCUUUACUAGCUUACAUUACCUAGUUUUAUAUACCUGUGCUUACAUGUUCUCCUCUUCACCUAAUUUUUGAUGAUUUUUCAUUAAUUUUCUGUUAAUCUCACCUUAGUGCAGUAAAUUCUGGGAAAUAUAGUUUUAAUUAGUGUGACUGUUCCUUAUAAUUAAAUCUGGAGUCCGAUAUCUUCAAUAAAUAUAUUUUGCAUUCCUUUAGGCAGUAAACUCACUUUAAGCUGUGAGGCUGGGGACUGUUCUCAAUAUUCCUGGUUUAAUUACAGCUUUAAAGGACACCUAUUCAUUUGCAUCAGGCAUUCUAGAUACAAGGUUGACCCUCUAAUAGCUUGUUUGACUAUGUAUUUAUCUUUCCAUGACAUCUUUUGAUCUAUGUAUAUUGUAUGGUCCUGAGAGACUUGGGAUCAUUGUUUCCUGCCAUUUUAGGAAGUGAAGAUGCUGAAUAAAUUUACUUGAACAUGGAAAAGAUGUAACUGGAAUUCCGCAGUUUAAUCUGUUAAUAAUAAUUUUAUUGUAAUUGCAUAAUUAUUGCUUGAAUAUUUUUCAAACUUAAUAUUUUAAGUCUAUAAAUGGUGACUGUAUUCUGGAAAAGAGUAUCUUGUUUUGAAUAACUACUUUUGAUAAAAGUGUAAAAAAAAAGAAAUGCAAGAAGUAUGUUGGUAAUAAAAAUUUGAU